UCCAGUCAAAUUUCAAGUUUUCAAAAUAAAUCAGUUCACAGGAAAUGGGUAAAAAGUUCUGCUAUUCGGAGUUAACGGCAGUAACUCAGACGGCUCCUCGUAUAGAAAAUGGAUCGAGUUGCCGCCAAGGAGGUAGGGAUCAAAAGGAUCAGGAUGCCGACGAAGAGGAGGAUGGAAAGUCUGGAAACCCACCACAGAGAAAGGAAGUGCUGGGUAACCUGGCCAAUGGCUACUUGACACUGGUUCAUCACGUACAGGCAAACCUUUGCCCUCCACCAACUUCUGUGGUCAAAGCUGAGGAGAAGAAACGCGAGGUGGGCGGAGAGAUCCCCGAAAGUCCGCGGACCGAAGAGGAAAUUUCGGAGUCUUCGGAGGAUAAUACGGGUCCGAAAAUUGGAUUUGUGCAUUUGUUUCGGCGCAGUCGACACUUUGAGUGCUUGGGAAUUCCCGUAACUCCCUUGGAAAUUUUCUCCAUGGAAUGCCAGAAAGAAGAUGAGCCGAAAGAACGAGUUUUGGGUGGAGUAUCCAAAACUGAACUGGACGGAUGUGAUAACCAGAAAGAAUUUCAAAGAAGCCUUUCAAAAACGAAAAAUCUGUCAACUCCGAGAGCGAUGGAAAAACUUCAAAAUAUUCGUUGCCCAGAUGAACGGAAAGAAAGAAAAGUUGAGCUUGAAUGGAAGUUGAGAAAAUUCCCAAGUGGAGUUUUAAAAAAGUAUCCACAUCCAAGCCCUUCAAAUAGAUUGCCCAUCAAAAGAUCUUCUCAAAAUCAAGCUGAACGACAUGUUCCAUAUUUUAAAUCAGCUUCUAGCUCCUUUCAAGUACCAGAGAAAAGUCCAAGCCAAAAUUCUUAUGGUGAAUUGCCAGCUCAAAAUUCGGUUACAUUUUCUGAACAAUCUAGUAGUCAUUAUCCUAUAAAAACUCGAAUACCAGCUAAAUUCCCAGUUCAAUGUACAAGCAAGUUCCAGAGACAACCGCCACCCACUUUUGUGUCAAGGCAAAGUAGCAAAAUUAAAUUCCCAAGCACAGAUAUUCAAAAUAGUUUGCCCAGAAGGAAUUGGAAGUUCAAUGACAGAGGUUCAAGAGAACCCAAUGUAUGCGAAAAAUCUUUUCGAAAACCUAUAGAAGUUGAAGGAUCUAAGAAGUAUCUAUCGAAUACCAAAAGGAAGGUUUCCAAAAUGUCUUUUUGUCCCCGGUUCACACCUUUCUUGCCCGAAACUAAACUUCGUAGAACAACUCAAAAGAAUUCCUUCAAAAAUCAGAAAGCCAUUCCAAAAGAUUUAACAUGGAAAACGAUAUUAGCACCCAGGCCUUUCGAAGAUUUUUGUAGUAGUGGUAGUGAGGAGAUGCCGAGCAGGACUCAUAUGGUACGUUUCAAGGAGACAAAAACUAUCGAUCCCGUGAACAGUUCGCGGUUGGAAAUGACCCACAAACGCUGGAUGGAUCUUCUCAAAUGUGAACCCAAGAAAUCGUGUCUAAAGGAAUCGGGCGUGGGCUUAAAUAAACCCUAUUCGGAGCCACUGGUUCCUUUACAUUCCAACGUUACAUUUACCGAGGUGUGGAAAAGAUCUGGAUUAAGCAAGGUCAAUAAGAAACACGAGGUACGAUUUGGUGGACUUUAUAGUCGGGCCGACAAGCUUAAAUUCCAGCCGAUCGAUCGACUUGAUGCUGGCUGUGGGGGAAAACCGAUAUUUGCUGAGUCCAAAAAAGUUCUGGAGAGGAUCCAGUACUUUGCAAGCGCAUUCGAUCAACAGAGUCACACGGAAAGGAUGCAGGAUAUUGAGUUGAGAAUGUGUCAGUUGCGUGUGCUGCAAGCCACCUCGGAUCAGGAAUAUCACCGGCAUUUUAUGCAGCAAAAAAGGUUCUGCAAGCCAGUGCUGAUUAACUCGACAAAGUGUGUUUGUCCUUUAGAUCACGACGACUGCUCGCUUGUGACGAAUGCCACACUUUUGCGACACUUUGUUACCCAACAUUUAAACGAAUCCGAAAUCGAACUGCGCGAGAUCUUCGAGGGCGAUCGUGUGCUAAGUAUCUUCGAUCCCAAAGCCUUUCUGUUGGGCAAAAACGAUUGCAUGUCCGUGCUCUUGUACGGAGGUGUGCGAAAUGAGCCCUCCACUCUGCCCGUCGCCAGAUUUAUGCCCACCGAGAAUAUCCAUUUGCCAGAAGACUACGCCCAUUUCUCCGGACACUUGCCCCUGUUUGUGAUGAUUUGCAGGAAUCGCAUGAGCAGCGUUGAGGGCAAACGGGUGCGAUUCGAGGGACUGGACGAUGAGGAGGUCCUUGUCUUGUGGAUGGCCAGCAUGGAUCUUCCACAUCCCAUUCACGUUAUGAUGACUGUACUCAACCGGCGGCUGGACUUCACCAAAACCGCCAUCAUGAAGGUGAGAGGAAUCCACAAGUCACACGAUUGCCUGGACUUUAUGCGAUCGAGUAGACAAUAUAUGCGAUUAUGCGAUCAGGACUUGCGGGUCCUCACCAACGAUCAUACGGAACCGCUAUACAUGGAGCUCUCUGUGAAGGAGUACGCCGGUAUAUUUCCCUGUCAGGAUUGAUCAAGUUGGGCUUAUUUCCUAUUAUGUAAAUAAUUUCAAGAGGGGGAGCUUUGAAAUCUUUUGUAACGUUUCAUACCAACAAUCUAUGGACAGGUUUUUAAAGAAUUUUUUUGAAUAUAUAUUAUUACCAAGCC